UCUAAAUAGAACGUAUUGUAACCUUCUCUCAGUCCAACGUGGUUCCUUCACCCAGGCUGCUGGUCCCUUCCCUUCUACACUUGUUUGAUUUAUGAGGACUCAAAGAUGAACUUGGAGCAGGAGAGGCCCUUUGUCUGCAGUGCCCCAGGCUGCUCACAGCGCUUUCCAACAGAGGAUCAUCUGAUGAUUCACAGGCACAAACAUGAAAUGACUUUGAAGUUUCCUUCAAUAAAAACAGAUAAUAUGUUAUCAGACCAGACUCCUACACCAACACGAUUCCUGAAGAACUGUGAGGAAGUGGGCCUCUUCAAUGAGAUUGACUGUUCCUUAGAGCACGAGUUUAGAAAGGCACAAGAGGAAGAGAACAAUAAAAGGAAUAUCUCAAUGCAUAACACAGUUGGAGGAGCAAUGGCAGGGCCUGGAACCCACCAGCUCACAAAUACUAGGAUGCCAAACCAUGACACCAGCGUUGUGAUUCAACAAGCCAUGCCAUCUCCACAGUCCAGUUCAGUCAUAACACAAGCACCUUCCACAAAUCGACAGAUUGGGCCUGUCCCAGGUUCUCUGUCUUCACUACUGCACCUACAUAACAGACAAAGACAGCCUAUGCCUGCCUCUAUGCCUGGAACCCUGCCCAAUCCCACCAUGCCUGGAUCUUCUGCAGUACUAAUGCCAAUGGAGCGACAGAUGUCAAUGAACUCCAAUAUAAUGGGGAUGCAAGGUCCAAACCUCAAUAAUCCAUGUGCUUCACCCCAAGUCCCUCCAAUGCAUUCAGAAGCCAAAAUGAGAUUGAAAGCAGCACUGACUCAUCAUCCUGCAGCCAUGUCAAAUGGAAAUAUGAACACCAUGGGCCACAUGAUGGAAAUGAUGAGCUCUCGACAGGACCAGACACCACACCAUCAUAUGCACUCACAUCCACAUCAGCACCAGACACUGCCAUCUCAUCACCCAUACCCUCAUCAGCACCAGCAUCCAGCACACCAUCCUCAUCCUCAGCCCCAUCACCAGCAGAACCACCCACAUCAUCACUCCCACUCGCACCUUCAUGCACACCCGGCACAUCACCAGACUUCGCCACACCCGCCGUUACAUUCGAGCGGACAAGCACAGGUUUCACCAGCGGCACAGCAGAUGCAGCCCACUCAGACAAUACAGCCGCCUCAGCCCACUGGAGGGCGUCGGAGGAGGGUGGUGGAUGAAGACCCAGAUGAGAGGAGGCGAAAAUUUCUGGAAAGGAACCGAGCAGCUGCUACACGCUGCAGACAGAAGAGGAAGGUCUGGGUGAUGUCACUGGAAAAGAAAGCAGAAGAACUCACCCAGACAAACAUGCAGCUUCAGAAUGAGGUUUCCAUGUUGAAAAAUGAGGUAGCACAGCUGAAACAGUUAUUGUUAACACAUAAAGACUGUCCAAUAACAGCUAUGCAAAAAGAGUCACAAGGAUAUCUAAGUCCUGAGAGUAGCCCUCCUGCAAGCCCAGUCCCAGCUUGCUCCCAACAGCAAGUCAUCCAGCAUAACACCAUUACAACUUCCUCUUCUGUCAGCGAUGUCGUAGGAAGCUCCACCCUUACUCAGCUUGCCAGUCACAGAACAGAUAUGAAUCCAAUUCUUUAAAACUGAAUGGUCAAAACUGCUAUGGGAGUGGUAGUCCUUUAUGUGAAGGACGUUUUCAACAUUAACUCAGCCCUGGAAGACUCCUCAAUCCUUGAAAGACUAUGGCUUUCAUUUUUAUAGUUAUUAAAAUGUCUUUUAUACUUAGUUACAAAAAAGGGAGUUAUGCAAUUAAUAUGCUAUCAGCUUGAGAAGUGCUUUGGUGCUUUCUCCAAUUUUGGUACCAGUUGUUUAUAAACUGAACUGUUUCUGUACAUAGUCAUGUUCCCUUCUUAACAGUCUAGCCUGAGGCCUCAGAAACAUGGAGUUUUGUUAAAUUGCAGCUUGUUAGCCAAAAUGAGGCAUACAAAGUAUUAAAACAGAGUCAGACAUUGGUAACUAGAAAUAUUAAGGCUAUAAAUAUUUAGAGCAUGCUCUGGUGACAGCAUAAUAAAAAAUAAAGUUAGCUUUGUGAUACCACCAGAACCUCAUCAGGUAUGCAGAACCUCUUUCAGAAAUAAAAAUGCUUAUAUCAAUAUAUGGAUCUCAGAACAAAAUCACCCCAAAUAAUACACUCUCACGUUUGGCUUUCCACUUGCCCAUGUCCUAUUAAUCUUUAUUUUUCACAUAUCUUCCUUUCCCUUUCUUAAUCCUCCAGCCCUUUCUUCUUCUUCAAGUUCCU